GAGGGGGAGAGAGAGAGAGUUGGAAACUACAGGCUGACAGACGGACUGACAGAGAGGUUCCUGCUGGAGGUCGCUCACGUCGCUGCAGGCUUUUCGCCGCAUUUUGUGCAAAACGGACCGCGAGUGUUCAGUCGCUCCACAGAGGUUUGUGGUGCUCCUCUUUAGAGCUUCCUGCUGUUACAUGGUAACACGGAGCUGAAGGCAAGAGGGUGUUGAAGAUGGCAGUCUGGAUCCAGGCCCAGCAGCUCCAGGGAGAUGCUCUGCACCAGAUGCAGUCUCUGUACGGUCAGCACUUCCCCAUCGAGGUGCGACAUUAUCUGUCCCAGUGGAUAGAGAGCCAGCUCUGGGAUGCUAUAGACCUGGAGAACCCACAGGAAGAGUUCAAGGCCAAGCGCCUGCUGGACAGCCUGACUCAGGAGCUGCAGAAUAAGGCCGAGCACCAGGUGGGAGAGGACGGCUUUCUACUCAAAAUCAAACUGGGACACUACGCCAGCCAGCUCAAGAGCACGUAUGACCGCUGUCCUCUGGAGUUGGUCCGAUGCAUCAAACACAUCCUCUACACAGAGCAGAGGCUCGUCAGAGAGGCCACCAAUUCGAGUUCUCCUGUGGGCGGGAUGAUGGACAGCAUGUCUCAGAAAUACCAACAGAUCAACCAAGCUUUUGAGGAGCUUCGACUGCUGACCCAGGACACUGAGAAUGAUCUACGCAAGCUCCAGCACAACCAGGAGUACUUCAUCAUCCAGUACCAGGAGAGCCUCCGUAUACAGGCUCAGCUGACCAGCCUGGCCACGCUGCCCCCUGCUGACAGACAGUUGCGGGAGCCCGCCCUCCUCAGCAAGAGAGCCACCGUGGAGGCGUGGCUGACCAGAGAGGCCAACACACUACAGAAAUACAGACUGGACCUUGCAGAAAAGCACCAGAAAACACUGCAGCUGCUGAGGAAGCAGCAGACCAUCAUUCUGGAUGACGAGCUCAUCCAGUGGAAGAGACGGCAACAGCUGGCGGGCAACGGGGGCCCGCCGGAGGGAGGCCUGGACAUCCUGCAGUCCUGGUGUGAGAAACUGGCAGAAACUAUCUGGCAAAACAGGCAGCAAAUUCGGAGGGCAGAGCAUCUCAGACAACAGCUGCCCAUCCCCGGCCCCAUCGAAAAGCUCCUCAACGAACUCAACAGUACUAUCACAGAUAUCAUCUCAGCAUUGGUCACCAGCACCUUCAUCAUUGAGAAACAGCCCCCACAGGUGCUAAAAACCCAGACCAAGUUUGCCGCUACAGUUCGCCUUCUGGUGGGUGGGAAAUUGAACGUGCACAUGAACCCUCCGCAGGUGAAAGCCACCAUCGUCAGUGAGCAGCAAGCCAAAGCCCUGCUAAAGAACGAGAACACAAGGAAUGACAGCAGUGGAGAAAUUCUUAACAAUAACUGUGUGAUGGAGUACCACCAGACUACCGGCACUCUCAGCGCCCACUUCAGAAACAUGUCACUGAAGAGGAUCAAGCGAUCGGACAGACGGGGAGCAGAAUCUGUCACAGAGGAGAAGUUCACCAUUCUGUUCGAGUCUCAGUUUAGCGUCGGAGGCAAUGAGCUCGUUUUUCAAGUGAAGACCUUAUCACUUCCUGUGGUGGUGAUUGUUCACGGUAGCCAAGACAAUAACGCCACGGCUACCGUCCUGUGGGACAACGCUUUUGCAGAGCCUGGACGGGUGCCUUUCCUCGUGCCAGAUAAAGUGCUUUGGCCUCAGCUGUGUGAUGCCAUCAACAUGAAGUACAAGGCUGAGGUGCAGAGUAACCGUGGCCUGUCUGAGGAGAACCUGGUCUUCCUGGCUCAGAAGGCCUUCAGCAGCUCCAGCAACAACCCUGACGACUACCGCAACAUGACUAUGACAUGGUCACAGUUUAACAGGGAAAGCUUGCCAGGGAGGAACUUCACUUUUUGGCAGUGGUUCGAUGGAGUGAUGGAACUCACAAAAAAGCAUCUCAAACCACACUGGAAUGACGGAGCCAUUUUGGGCUUUGUGAACAAGCAGCAGGCUCAGGACAUGCUGAUGUCCAAACCCAAUGGUACUUUCCUUCUGCGCUUUAGUGAUUCUGAGAUUGGAGGAAUCACAAUCGCCUGGGUGGCAGAAAAUCCUAACAAAGCAGGUGAGAGAAUGGUUUGGAACCUCAUGCCGUACACAACCAAAGACUUCUCCAUUCGCUCCCUGGCUGACCGUAUCAGCGAUCUCAAUCACCUCCUGUUCCUCUACCCCGACAGACACAAGGAUGAGGUUUUCUCCAAAUAUUACACCCCGCCACUCUCCAAAGCUGUGGAUGGCUACGUGAAACCGCAGAUCAAGCAAGUGGUGCCCGAGUUUACGACAGCCAAUCCAGACCCAGCAAUUGGAAAUCCAACCUAUAUGGAUCAUGGUGCCUCCCCAGCUCCUGUCAAUCACCCUCACGCCUACGGCAUAUACCCCCCAAUUGAUGUGCUGCCAGCUUGUCUGAGUGUGGUUUGGCUCCGCUCUGUGUCCUGUGGCAGGAGCGACUCUAUGUUGGAUACAGACGGAGACUUCGACCUGGACGACACCAUGGACGUGGCCAGGCACGUAGAGGAGCUCCUUCGGCGGCCUGUAGAGAGCCAGUGGGGCGGCCAGCAGUCCUGACCCUUGACCUUUUAACCCUCGACAUCAAACAAACCCUGCCUCCCAACUUGCCCUUCUCACAUUGACAUUUCUCAUGGUUUAAAUUCCAUUCAUUUCUCUUUUUUUCAGAUAGCUGUUAUGUGAAAUGUUAAUAAUGGUUGUGAUUUUUUUUUCUUCUGUUUCAGCAUGAGAGCAUGUAUGUCAGUGACUUCUCUUAGUUUUUUUUGUGUCCAUAAUGUACUUGUAAAACAGACUAGGUAUAAAGCAAAGCCUACAAUGUUACAGUGUCGUGAUAAAGAAAAAGAAGAUGUUCAUUCACAUUGUGCAUGCAUUUCCAAUUGAUUUUGAACAGAUUUAAAAAAUACGCUACUGUACGAAGACAGCUUAACAGUUAUGUGUUUUUAUUUUGUUAUAUUUUUUGCUUUGUAAAUGGGUUAUUAGUAUUUUGAUAGUGACAUUGAACUUGCCCCUUUGACAAAAAAAAGAAAGUUUUGCUUUUUGCUCUUAACAACGUAAUCAAAUUUGUUGCUCUGCAGAGUCAGUUUUUUUCUCGAAUGCAUAUACACUAACCUAGAGGCAGAGUGACUCUUUGCUUUCUGCAAUUGACAGCACACACAUCAACACACGGUACAUACGCGCUAGUGUAUGAAGUAUUUAUCUGAUUUGUUCACCAGCUGAAGCCCAGAUACAAGGGGGGGUUCACGCACCUCCCUCAGUCUCACAAAGUUAUUUAUCUUCUGUUUGUUCACAGAAAUGCAAAUCCAAGCAUUUACCCAGCGCUGCCUGCUUGUUCUCUCAGGUCCCUCUGUUUCCCUCGUCAAUGCUACCUCGCAUUAUCCUACUGACAGUCGUUGUAUACAGUACUAUUGCCUCUGUUGUUUUUUCGGCACCAUAUUCACACCAGUAGGUACGGCCAUUAGGUUUGGUACUUGUGAUUUGUGUUUUUGAAGAAGAUCAACUUGCUGCCUGACAAGUAACUCUGUUGGCUUUUUAUAUGCUUGAAUCCCCCUCACCUAUAAUGAAGUUCGGCGGCAUGAAGUGUCACAUGUCUGUUCCUGAAUAUUUGGCUGCCUUCUGACUUUUCUACCUAUCUGUCCACUUGCCAUGCAGAACAGAUGUGGGCUGAUGUUGCACGGCAUUCAGUAGAUGGAUAGGUGCAAGCUUUUAAUGCUUUGCACAGACUCACCAGCAACUCAUCCAUGAAAAACAAACUCUAUGUCUGCCAUUUGUUACUUCUCAAGUUUAAUUUCACAGCAGGUUCCCUUUCUGCUACACAUAAAAUAUAAUUUAUAGCAAAGGAUGAGACUAUUACCCUGUUCCCGGCUGACACACACACAAUGUUGAAUUGGAAAUUUGUCCACAGCCUUACACCUCAGGAAUGAAUCGCUUUGCUUAGCUGAUCUAUAAGCCAAAAAAGAAAAAGAUCAAUAUAUACAGAAAGUAUGAAUUUAUUUUGUCUAUCAUAAUUCUAUUUUAUUAUGGUUUCUUUGGCACUCCCCCUAUUGAAUGUAACCCCUUUGCAUGGCCCUGUUGAGGAUAUACGUACUUACCAAUACUUCCUCAGUCUGAGCAGAAGUUUCAAAUCUCAUUUUACCAGAGGUUAAAAGAAAAUAGGACACGAAGCAACUGGAAAUCAGAGAAAAAUGUACGAUGUACUUUUGUGUUUGUCUGACAGACAUUACAGUAUUAAAGGUAUGUCCUGGCCUCUCUUUUUUAUUUCUUCCUCAAAGUUCUUUUUGUAUCAUGCUUUCUUUCCUUGUUUUUUAAAAUCUCUGGGCAGUCUUGUGAUAUAUCAUCACCAUUAUUCCCAUUUCUAAAGCUUUGUUCCACUGUAGACUGUGUAUUUUGUACUGAUGAUGUAGAUGGCGCUGUGUGCUGUUUAAUGUAUGUACCAUGUUUGUGGUUUGGGUUCUCGUUUGGAGGUUUUACCAAGAUGAACAGCUCAUUAGUGGAAAAGAGGAAAAAUAAAGUUUUAUAAAUCA